AUUGAUCUCCACUACACUCCCCGCUGACCAGAGAAAACAGUCGACAGCAAUUGCAAGAGGGGAUUUAAAUUGCACAAAUAGUGUCCACCUCACUUGACGAAUAAGGUAGCUAUUUGUUUUGUCAUGCUGUCUGAGGUAACCCGCUAUUAGCACUGUUUAAUGACUAGUCUAACCUGGGUACAGGGCGACGUUAGCUAGCUUGUAAUGUCGGCACUGUUGGACUUGUUUUCCACUCUAGACUCCGCUUCCUGUUAGCCUUGGGCUAGCUGGAAAACCUACAUUAUGCUAAUGGCCGAGUAGGUAUAGUCAGCCAACGCAAAGGGGGUUAACUUUUCUACUUACAGUGGGCUGCUCGUUGCAAUUUAGUUGUAAUUUAUUCACGAACCUAUGUUAAUAACUUUGUUUCAGCGCUAGCUAUCAGGGCAGCUGGUUUCCUUUAGUUUGCUAACGCUCGACAGCUAGCCAUCUUGCUUGUGUUGAAGGAUUUUACGUUAACGCAAGUAUUUAACUUGACAAGCGUUUUGCAAAGAGCAAGCGAUAUUAACUUAAAUUAACAGUCGCGGUUGCUUACUAAUAAUGGGCUCACUUGUAUAGUACCCAAGUGCGCGAGAGUAACGUUGAAUGCCUUUAAAUAGACUUUAUUUUACUGUGGGAGAGCUUUACUGUUCCACUGUGAAAGGACAAUAGAGAACCUGAGACUUGCUCAGCUGUUGUUCUGGCAACGACAAAAAACACUGAUAACUAACUUAGAGUUUGCCGUGUUUUGAUUAUUGUUUUGUAGUACCACAUGCUGAUAUAACGACAAUAUUUUUUUUAAUUCGUAUAUCAUAAGUGGUUAAAAAAAAAUAAAAAAGCGGUUUCCGUUAAGUUGACCCGUACAGACAGCUAGGUGGAGAGUGGAUGGAGCCGAUGCAGAUGGUGCAUGUACGACAUAUGGGGGCUGUGCUUUCCUGAACCCGCUGCUUCCAGGUAUCUCCUCUCAUUAUACCGACACAACAGCUGUAAAUGCAUCAGAAAACACUCGCAGCAGCCGGUCGUCAUCAAAGGUAACUAGGUGGAUAGAGAGAAGCGGAGAAGCCGUUUGAAGAGGGAGGCUCCUGCCCAUUUCUGGACGUCCAUCUCUCCAGCCUACUCCUCAUCACGUCUAUCCACCACCGCCCUCCUCCUCCUCCUCCUCCUCCCCAGCCAUGGACCCCCCGAGGACUCGGUCGCGCUCUCGAUCUGGUUUCUAUCAUUUCGGCAUGAACGGCAACGUUGGAAGCAACGGCGGCGGUAACGCUGUUGGUAACGGGAGCAUGAUGAACGCCAGCGGAGGAGGGGUGAGCUACCCGCAGCAGAGCAACCCCGGCUGGGCUCCGCACCAUGGUGGUCGGAGCUACCAGGAGAGCCAGCAGCAGCAGCACACCCAGGGGAGCUACCUGUCUGCAGGGGCGCAGCGCCACUCUUCGCACGGAUCUCAUAGACACCCCGGGGCCGGAGGAGUGCUACAUUUUCAUCCAGAUAACGUGUGCAGCGAGGAUCGGGAGAAAAUGGAAGACAGCCCGAGCCCGAAAAGGCAGCGCCUUUCCCAGCAGUCCAUGUUGGAUCUAAGCUCCGCCCCUCCCUCUACUCCUUCCUCUCCCAUUCGCCCCUGGGAGCUGCCUCCCAGUCGCAGACCACACCCCAUUUACAUGCCAGAGAGAUGCCACACGCCUCUCCGCAACAGGCGCAGCCCUCCAAUGAGACGCCAGCGUGGUCGAAGAGACCGACUGACCCGCCACCACCACCACGCCCACAACAACCACCACCACUACAACAGCAACAACAACAACCACCACCAUCACCACCCCAACGCCCACCAUCACCACCACCACCACCUGCACUCUCACCACGGCCUUUCGCCAGGCCACCAGGAUGAGAACUACCGUCACCCGGCUCCCCCUCAGGGCUACCCACCCUAUAGCCAGCAACCUCCCCGAGGGCUGGGGCCCGGUCCUGAAGAGCGCCCAGGUCACCAUCCCCCAAACCCCUCCCCGAGACCCCUACACCAGUCACCAAACCUGUCUCCCAGGCUGCUGCACCCUGCGGCCCAUCCACAGCACCCACACCCCCACCCAUCCCAGCAGCAUAGCAGUUUGGUGCUGGAUCUCCAUGAGCAGGGUUCAGUUCCAGUAUCGUAUCCUGUGUCUCCUCCGGGCGCGCCACCAGGCCUGCCGCCUCGCUCUGCCCCUCAGCAGAUCCCAGCAUGCUCUGUAGUCUUCAGUGGACAGCACUAUCCCGUCUGCAGUGUCCCUCCUCCUGUCCUUCAGACUUGUUCUGUGCAACACUUACCCAUGCCCUACCCAUUCCCAUCACUGUUGUCCAGUGAUCCGGCUUUCCUGCUUCCCCCUCCUCACCUCCCCCAUCCCCCCACCCACCUUUCCCACCACCCACCUCACCUGCCCCAGCCUGGACAGUUUGGACCGUAUCCGACGCAGCAGGCCCGAUCGCCGCUACAGAGGAUAGAGAAUGACGUGGAGCUGCUUGGAGAACACCUGUCAUUGGGUGCUGGCCUCCACUAUCCUCCCGCCACCCACCCUGCCCUCGCGCCACACUCAACACAGCUUCACUUCCUCUCCCAUGACCCCCUGCCACAGGAAUUUUUCGGAGUGUCCUAUCCAAACUUUAUUCCUCGCCGUCUCCCGGGGCGACGGUACCGUUCGCAACAGCCACUGCCACCUUCGCCUUACCACCCCAGCCUCCUGCCUUACUUCCUUUCAAUGCUGCCAGUCCAGCCUACAGGUCCUGCGAUCAGUCUAGAGCUGGAUGUAGACGAUGGAGAAGUGGAAAAUUACGAAGCCCUGCUGAACCUCGCUGAGCGUCUGGGAGAGGCCAAACUCCGAGGACUGACGAAAGGAGACAUCGAACAACUUCCUUCCUAUCGGUUCAAUCCAAAUAACCAUCAGUCUGAACAAACACUGUGUGUGGUGUGUAUGAGUGAUUUUGAGUCCCGCCAACUGCUGCGAGUCUUGCCCUGCAGCCAUGAGUUCCAUGGGAAGUGUGUUGACAAGUGGCUGAGGGCCAACAGGACGUGUCCCAUUUGUCGGGCCGAUGCCUCAGAGGUCCAGAGAGACUCAGAGUGACCACAUGAGGGAGCCAGAUACUCCUAAUUGUCUGUCAAAACACUUCAGCACACAGUGUAUUGAUCCACAUGUAUCUGCUUACACACACACACCACUUCCUUGUCAUUUAGCGCAGCACUUCCUGCUUGUUUGUUAUGUUUCCAUCUUUAUGUCCCUUCUCCCUUAAAUUUGAUCUGAUUUUCAUCAGUUUUUUCUUUUUACUUCGGUCUUUCCUUUUCACAUGAAUGCAGGCCCUCACAUAUUUUAGUGAAUUACACCCUGCCUGAUAACUAUUCUGUUGUAGUGUGUGUAUGUGUGCGUGUACACAUGCAUGCAGCACCCCUGUUCAAGCGUUGUUUGGUCAGCCCUGUAAUGCCGCACUGUGGUACAUGACUGUGUGUGUUUUUCAAGGGGGGGUGUGUGUGCGUGUGUGUGUGUCAGAUUUUUAGACAUCCUGGAGCAUGCCUGAGUUUCUGAUGUGUAUCAGACAAGAGUGAACAACACUGGAGAGUUUUUUUCUCUCAGGAGUGACUGACUUUACUUCUUGUAUGUUUAUGCACUGUCUGUCUGUAUGCAUACUAUGUGUGGAUGUAUGUUAUAGACUUAAAUCCUUUUUCUCUAGUUUGACACUAAGGGUCCAUGUUGCCACUUUACUUCUUGGUUACCUAUUCGAUCCAUUUCUUUCAGUAAUAAUAAUUCUUCUUAUUAAUAUUAUUAUUCAGCUAUUAUAAGUGAUUGUUUUCCUGCCUGGCAGUUACCUCAUCAUUCCGGUUUUGGUCAUCAUUACAAGCGCUUCACGGCCCUACUUUGAAAUUAAGCACAUUAUAUACUUUUCUUUACUUAGUAAAAAUAAGUUUGUCUGUGACUUUGCAGUGGCACAUGUGAUGUGAGAUAUAUAAUUAAAAUCACAUGUAUAUAGAAUAACUGUAUAAAUCUAUGAAUAUCUGUAUACCAAAUAAAAGGCUUGAUAUGAACUUUUUAAACUUAGCAUUCUGUAUAUAUUCUUUUUUUUUUACAUUGAAUUAAGACCUUAAAUAAAUCAGGUUUAGUUGUGCUGGAUUUCUGUUAGAUUUGAAGUGGUGGUAUCAUUAAAAAUGUCACUGACUGAA